UUUUGAAGUUAACUGUAUCCAUACAACAUGAGUCUUAGUCAAGUCGUCAACCAAGCCCAAGGUCUUUCGUUUUAGCCAUUAUUGUCCUUCACUAAACCAAACCACCUUCUUGGCCAUCAACCAGUUUCAAUGGGAAAUCUAUGGUUCCUCAACCUACUCUUGCCUUUGUUUCUUCUUCAGCUGUUUCCUAUUUUGGUUGUCUCAGAACCCUAUGUUUUUCCUGAAAAAUACUUCAUCAACUGUGGGUCUCAUUCUUCCCUCCCACUGGGCAGUAGGAAAUUUGUUGGUGACAUGAACCCAAACUCCUUCUCUGUCGCAAAUGGCAAACCUGUGAAAGACAGCAGCCAGCAGUCAUCGUCAGACUUGGGUCUGUAUCAAACAGCAAGGUUUUCAGGACACCCUUUUUCCUAUGAUCUCGAUAUCACUGACAAAGGCCUGUAUGUGGUACGCCUUCAUUUCUUUCCUUUUCCUAAUCUAGCUGAUGCUUUAUUCAAUGUUUCAGCUUCAAGUAAGUCUCUGCUAUCCAAUUUCAGUGUAAGAAACACUACUUCUGUCCCUGUGAUUAAGGAUUUCUUAGUGCCUAUUAGUUCAUCCAAGUUUAGAAUCUUCUUCAUCCCCGCACAUCAAUCAUCUUUUGCAUUUGUGAACGCCAUAGAAGUUUUUCUUGUUCCGAGUCUAAGGGAUAACCGAACUCAUCUGAGUUCUGCAGGAAGAAAGGGUCUUUACCAGGGUUUGCCCUCUCAGUUGCUUAGAACACUUCAUAGAGUUGCUUUUGGGAGCCCAUCCCCAUCCACUAAUGACUUAACAGUCGUUGCAUCAGAAUGGGUAGCUGAUGAUGACUACAUAGUUGUUCGAAAUUGGGCCAAAAAUUAUAAUUAUCAAUCAACUAUUAAGCUACACUACGAUGAUGAAUAUAUGGAAACUGAUACCUAUACUGCAGCCUCUAAAAACUUUAUCCCCGAUCGUGUCUAUAUGGGUUGCAAAACUGUAAACCUAAAUGAUGGGCAGUCAUCAAAGUCUACUAACAUUACUUGGCAUUUCAAUGUCAGUAGGAACGCCCAGCAUCUUGUCCGAUUCCAUUUCUGUGACAUUCUUAGUAAGUCAGCCAACACUGUCAAUUUCAGCCUCUUUAUAUACAAUAACUUCAGCCAACAAAUCGAUCCUUACCAGUAUUCUGUCAACACGGCUGCUCCAUUCUACAAUGAGUUUGUGGUUGACUCAGGUGAGUGUGAUUUCAUUAGUGUUAGUAUUGUUCCUUGGGAGGACUCUAUAGAGAGAUUUGCUUACCUGAAUGGACUCGAGAUCAUGGAGUUCAUCACUCAACCAGGUUUGGAACCUCACAUUAGUGAGCCAAAAGGGAAGAAUUCAGUGUUUAUCAUAAUCGGUUCAGUCAUUGGGUUUGUUGUUCUUUGUAGUUUGGUAGUGGCAUACUUGUUUAAGAAACGAAGAAAAGCUAGAUCUUUUGAGCCAAUGCCUUCAUAUGGUACCCUUCCUUUUGGAGGAGCGAGUCCUUAUAUCGGAAUAAGCUCGAAAUCAGUCAACCCCCCUCCUGUUCCCAACUUAAACCUUAAGUUAAAGAUGCCUUUUGCUGAAAUAUUAGAGGCAACCAAUAACUUCGAGGCUAAGUUGUUGAUUGGGGAAGGAGGCUUUGGUAAAGUCUACAAAGGGAUUCUAAGAAAUGGUCUCAAAGUUGCAGUCAAAAGAAGUGAGUCCAAACAUGGCCAGGGGCUUCCCGAAUUCCAAACUGAGGUAAUGAUUCUAUCCAAGAUUCGACACCGCCAUCUUGUUUCACUGAUUGGAUAUUGCGAUGAAGGGUCUGAGAUGAUACUGGUUUAUGAGUUCAUGGAGAGAGGGACUCUUAGGGAUCAUCUUUACAAGUUGGGAAGGAAUCCGGAGAGAUCGUCUUCACUGUCUUUAUUGACAUGGAGGCAAAGACUCGAAAUUUGUAUCGGUGCAGCCAAGGGUCUUCAUUAUCUCCAUACUGGUUCGGAUGGAGGAAUCAUUCACCGCGAUGUUAAGUCCACAAACAUCCUGCUUGAUGAGCAAUAUGUAGCAAAAGUUGCAGAUUUCGGCCUUUCAAAGUCCGGCCUUCUGAAUCCAGAUGAGUUCAGUACCGGCAUCAAAGGCAGCUUCGGGUAUCUGGAUCCUGAGUAUUUUAGAUGCCUUCAGUUCACCGAAAAAUCUGAUGUUUAUUCUUUCGGUGUUGUACUCCUUGAAGUGCUUUGCGCUAGACCAGCUAUCAUUAACUCACAUAGGAAGGAGGAGAUAAACUUAGCAGAGUGGGGACUGAUUUGGUUAAACAAAGGGGAACUCGAAAAGAUCAUUGAUCCUUCAAUGGCUUCCCAGAUUAAUCCAAAUUCACUGAGAAAGUUCAGUGAAAUAGUUGAGAAAUGCCUGAAGCCAACUGGAGCCAGCAGACCAACAAUGCUCGACAUAUGCUGGGACUUGGAAUACACAUUGCAGCUACAGCAGACAGCGGUGCGCCGAGAGCCGCACGAGGACAGUGCCAUAGAUGCUUCUUUCAACAUGUCGUCGAGACCUUUCCAACGGUUGCCUUCAAACAAUUGCCCGAUUGAGAAAGUUGAUGUGCCUAUGGAAAACGACGAUGGUUCAGAUACAACAGAAAGUGGUGUGUUCUCCCAGCUGAGGAUUGAUGGUGGGAGAUAGUAUCAUGUCUUUUGGGCUGCUUAUUUGUCUCCUUAGAUACUAGUUACUACUACUUUUUCACUGUAUUGAUGUUUAAUUGAACGUAUCUUGUAUUGUCUAAAAUCCUAUAUUCGGGUGCUGCUAACGAGUGCCCUUAAUUUAUGAAGAUAUUACCCUAUAAAGUUACUUAAAAA